GGUCGCCCCGUCCUUUCCUGUCCCGAGGCAGCAUCAUGGAAGUGGCUGGGCCGGCGGCGCGAGGAGAGGGGGGCGCGCGGUACCAGCUCAACGGCUAAUUGAGACCCCCCCACCCCCCGGCGGGGAGCGCUGCAGAGUCUCACGGGCCCUGCCCGGAGUCGGACGCUAACAUGUUGGGAGGAGAUGAAUUCAUCAGUUCCCCACCAAGGAAGACUGUCAGGUUUGGUGGGACGUUGACAGAUGUCUUGCUGAAAUACCAAAAGGGUGAAACUACAGACUUUGAGUUGUUAAAGCACCAGCUGUUAGAUCCAGAAAUAAAGGAUGCCCAAAUCAUUAAUUGGCUGCAGGAAUUUCGGGCUUCUGUUGCAUACUUGACCAAAGACUUUGAGCAGCUAGUCAGCAUUUUGUUGAAGCUGCCAUGGUUGAGCAGAAGUCAAGAAGUGGUGGAAGAAUAUUUGGGUUUUCUUGGUAAUCUAGUGUCAGCACAGACUGUGUACCUUAGAUCAUGUCUCCGCAUGAUUGCUUCACAUUUUAUACCCCCUCGAGUAACCAUAAGGGAGGAUGAUGUGGAUAUUUCAGAUUCUGAUGAUGAUGAGGAAAAUCUUUCUGGAAAUUUUAACACAUGUCAUAGAGCACUGCAAACUAUAGCAAAAUAUGUUCCUUCAACACCACAAUUUCUCAUGCCGAUACUUGUGGAAAACUUUCCUUUCAUUAAUAAAUCAGAAAGAACUCUGGAAUGUUAUGUUCAUAACCUGUUGCGAAUUACUGUGUAUCUUCCAACACUGAGGCUUGAAAUUCUGGAACUUAUUGUUGAAAAGCUAUUAAAGAUAGAUGUAAGUGCCCCACGACAAGAUAUUGAGGAUGCUGAAGAAACUGCUAAGAAUUCUGAUAUCAAGGAAAAAACCACAGAGGAAGGACUCUUUGACAUGGAAGAAGAUGAAGAAACAAACGAAAAUAAAGAUACCUUCAGUAGGAGUGACAUGAUGGCCCAUCCACUAGCAGAACGCUUGGAUAUUUUGAUGAACAUUCUGUUUUCUUACAUUAAAGAUAUCUGCCAUGUAGAUGGGAAGCUUGAUGUUAACAAUACGAAGGACUUGUAUCGGGAUCUGGUUACUGUCUUUGACAAGCUCAUUUUGCCAACCCAUGCUUCAUGUCAUGUACAGUAUUUCAUGUUUCACAUCUGUAGCUUUAAAUUGGGGUUUGCAGAAGCAUUCUUAGACCAUCUUUGGAAAAAAUUGCAGAAUCCAAAUAAUCCUGUGGUGAUCAGACAGACUGCUGGAAGUUAUAUUGGCAGCUUCUUGGCAAGGGCUAACUUUAUUCCAAUUGUUACAGUGAAAGCAUGCAUGGAUCUGUUAGUUAACUGGCUGCACGUUUACAUUGACAAUCAGGAUGUGGGGACAAAAGCUUACUGCGAUGUUGCUCUUCAUGGACCUUUUUACUCCACGUGCCAGGCUGUAUUUUAUGCUUUAAUUUUUCGCCACAAGCAACUUUUGGAUGGAAACUUAAGGAAAGGUUUGGCCUACCUGCAGAACUUAAAUUUUGAACGCAUAGUCAUGUGUCAGCUAAACCCUCUGAAGAUUUGCUUACCCUCCAUUGUUAAUUUGUUUGCUGCUAUUACCAGGAAAUACCAGUUGGUGUUCUGCUACACCAUUAUUGAAAGGAACAAUAGGCAAUUUUUGCCAGUCAUCAGAAGCAGCAGUGGGGGUGAUUCUGUACAGACUUGCACUAACCCGCUUGACAGUUUUUUCCCAUUUGAUCCUUACAUUCUCAAAAGAUCAAAGAAGACCAUUGAUCCUAUUUAUCAGAUUUGGGAAGAACUGAGUACUGAAGAUCUUCAAGAACUUAAGAAACCCUUUAAAAAGUGUACAACUGAAGAUGAAGACGAUGACUUUCUGAAAGGAGAAACACCUCAAAAUGAUGGCAUGGUUGGAAUUACUCCAAGUUCUUAUGACUCAAAUAUUCUGAGCCCGGCAAGCAGUGUAGGAUCCCCUCCAGUAACAUAUGUACAACGGCACCUCUGACUUUGAGAAUCAGAAAUUAAGUGGAUCAAAAGCUAUGUGCAAUUUUCACUCUUUAAAGAGACUUUCUGAGCAACUUUCCAAACUCUGAAGAUUUUACUUGUUUUGGUAAUCAUAUUAAAGAAGAAAGACUCUAUUUUUUACUUAAACUUGCUCAGAUUUCUACAGAGAUGUGUUCUGAUUUAAUUUCAUACAUUGCUAAAAAAGGCUAGAGAAUAAACUGCAGUAUUCUACAAUUUUCAUAUUGAAAUAGUUUAUACAUAAUUUAUAGUUAUUUUUCUUGAUUAGUUUUUGUUUAAUAAUGUUUCCUCUAUAAGGAUUUACAUAGUAAGGGUGAAAUCCUGGCCCCUCUUCUCAUUAAUUACAUUGGGACUAAGAUUUCACUCUAAAUGUUUAAUUGUGUUUUGAUUGGGUAUGUUUUUAAGUUAUCUUUCUAACAAGUAAACUGAGCAUAGGAUGAGGUACCAGGGCCUGAGUUCUAAUUCCAGCCUGACAUUGCCUCCCUCUGACCUUUGACAAAUCACUUCCCCUAUCUGUAGAAUACGUGGUAAAGCACUUUAAAGAUGGAAGGUGCUAUUAUCACUGCAUAAGAUUUUGUCGGAAAAAAUUUUUUAAGUGUGAAAGUUCAGACUUUCAACACCUCAGACAGUUGUCAGUUUUGAAAGUGACAUGAAAGCAGCUUAAUGUGUGAUCAUAUGAUAUGUAGUCAGUUCAAGAAAUGUUGUGCAAUGCUUUAAGUUCUGGGGAUGAAAAGGACUGUAUAAUGGUAGGUAUUUAUUAUCUUUGGAACUCUAUAUUUAAAUGUGAAUUGUGAAACAACAAAAAAACCCUUUGUUUAUAGAAAGGAAAAGAUGCAAUUCUCCUCAUGUGUCACUGCAGGGAAUUUCUUUACUUUGUUUUGUUUUACAUAAUUGGAUUUUUAGGCGGGAGAGGUUUGAAUACAUAUGUAAAUAAUUACUGCAAAAUGAACUGGAAAUAUCUGCACAAUGCUUCAGUUAGAUUACAAACACUUAAAAAAAAAAAGUAUGAGUUUAUUCUGUUUGAAAAUAGUAAAAUUUUAAGUAUUUUGGGCCAAAUUCUCUGCAAUUCCACUGGUCUGACCUUUUGUUUAGACUCUUAUUUGUUAGACUUUCAAGACUUGAGCAUUGGGUGGGAAUCAGAAUAAACUUGACACGUGCAGAUACUUGCAAAACUUAGACUUACACAAAAAUAAAUGGAAUUCUAUAUGUGAUCUAGCCACUGGAGGAUGACACAGGAUGAGGUAGUAUGGGUUUCAGAAGCACCUAAUUUGGCAUGUUCCUCCUGAAGGACUGUGUGAUGAUACUGAUGAGGUGGAGACUUUGGAUGAGAGAGGGGUUUGGGGAUGACAUGGCAAAAUUAAUCUUCCGGUAUCUAUAAAUGUACUGGUUUUUUUUGUUUUGUUUUAAAUCUCAUCCCUUCUGUUGUCAUUCCAGAACAAUAAAAAGAGAAUUGCAUUUGAAAUUAA